UUGGGGUGGUGCUGGUGGUCAGCAAACGUCCCAUCAAAGAUUCGCUGAACUUCUUGCCCUCACUGAACCUACCGAGUCUGACAAAAACUUCACGACUUACAGCAUGCACAUUGGAGAUGGAGCUGGCGAUGGGAACGAUGAGCCUGGUCAAGCGGACGAACCCGAGCAGGAUGCAAGCACUUCCGAAAUCUCUUCGGAGCAGCCUGACAAUGACACCCAUUCUGUGUCAUCGGACAGCCAUUCUGAUGAGUAUGAGGCAGGUCUCGAAAAUCUUGAUCCUGACCAGCCCGUCCAGUCCACCGAGUCGGGCGAAAAUACUACGGACCAGCCGGAAGCACAAGACGAUAGAGCAAGAUUUGAGCGUACUUUGAUGGAGGCUGAGAUCGCCCGACUUGAAGCAAAUAUGUCCCGACGUCGACAGAUUGAAUCCGACCUGGCUGGCUCGACAGACUCCGAUUCCGAGUCACCAGCGGAUGAUCUGGAAACCAUUGAUGACAACGAAAAUACGAUCAGCCCAUCCCCUCAUUCAUCAGACGGUGAAGAUCUAGAUGAAGAAAAUCUUCCCCCUUCGGUCGCAUCUCGCCGACAUGUCGCUUCCGUAGUCGAUCGAAACCGGAGGAGAGUGCAAGAUCCAUUUGAUGGAGAUGUCGUGAGUGAUUCAAGCACCGACGAGGGGGAGAGGAUGAAGGGCGAGCUUGUAAGUUCGGUCAGGAGAAGUGAAAGCAGUGACUGGUGAUUUUCUCCUCAAACGUUCUUAUCAUCUCCACUGUCGCCAUGUAGUUU